CACAGAGAGACGGAAAUGCCAUCUGUCUUUGUCCACCACCUCCCUAUAUACAGUGUGUGAUCAGAGAGGGACGCAUGCUGUCUCACGAAAACUCUUCCCUGGCAUCAUUUGCGAACAUCAGUGAAGAUGACACCGGCUCCAUAACAACAUCCAACAACAUGGAAGAUGGCCCCAGUGAUGACACACAGACUGGUUGUAAAUGCUGUGCUGAAGUUCCAGACACCAGUCAUUGGGUCCUGGUGGAGCCUGAGGUCUCUACAGAAAAGACCGUAUCAAUCUACAGCCUGAGCUCUGCUGCAGGGAGCUACGAGUGCUCAGAGUCCAGUUUGCGUUGGUCGUGUGUUGGUCCAGUCACCCUGCAGUAUCACUUCAUGGACUGGCAAGUCUUUGCUGAAGAGCUGGCACAAAUGCAAUGCAGUCCAGCUGGUCCUCUGAUGGACGUAAAGCUCAUAUCAGGAGAGCCGGAGGAGAUCCACCUGCCUCAUUUCCUGUGUUUGGGAGGUAGCCAGUCUACUAUGGAAGAUGCUGUGAAGGUUCUGCAUCAGCAGAACGCUGGAGUGUGUCUGGAGACAUGUGAGCUGAGUCGCUACCAUGCCCGGCUGUUGAACCCCUCCUUUUCCCCUUUGGGUGUUCUUUUCAAUUCAUUGAAGUCAUUUCUAUUAACUAAGAUCCACACAGAUGUUCACGUCUACAGAAGCAGCCUGAAACCCCUAAUUUUCCAUGUUUACCUCGUGCCGAGGAAUGUACAACUUAAAAAGCUAGUGGAAAAGCAGGAAAAAUCAGAAAGCUUCAGAGGGGUUUUACUAGAGAGGCCCCGGCCUGUGCGGCCACUGCAGUUGCGUAGCUAUUAUUCCUUAAAGACCAACUGCGACUCCACUGUUUUACCAGGGGAGCUAGAACUUAGUGAUGACAACACUGUAACUCCAAAUUACUCCAUAGUGCGUGUAGUCCAAGCUGGUAACUUCAAAAUCACCCUGUUGAACUCAGCUCAAAGGGCGGUUUGGCAAGCAGAGAUCUCUAAGGCAGAAUGCUGCCCCCCUCGUCAGGGCACAGCACAUGUCUCCAGCGGAGGUCCUGUCUUCACCCUCCCCUGUGGAGAUGGUGCUGCUGACACCCACACUGCCAUGGACCAAGCCAUGGGCUGGCAAGAGGUUCAGACACCCGAGUAUGCAACAUGUGCCCUGCAGUCAGGCAUGAUGUCACAGCCUGUUGCUUUUGAUAUCCUGGACUGGCUCUUCAGUGCUCUGGAUGAUUUGGAUUCUGACCAGCUGAAGAGGUUCAAACUGUACCUGUCUCAGAGGGGAGCUGUACAGGGCUUUGACCCCAUUCCCUUUGGACAGCUGGAGCAGUGUGAUGCCACAGGGGUUGCCUCUAAGGUGAAGCAAGCAUAUGGGGAGGAUGGCGCCGUGUCUGUCACUCUGACCAUCUUGAAGAGAAUGAAACUUCAUCUCUUAGCAAGGAGACUAGAGCGGUGA